AUGAGGAAGGUGAUGGAUGAAAUGAGGGAGAACACGAGAAGAACAAAUCCUGUAGAGGAUCUAGUUCAUCGCACAGAUUCCCCUUUCACGGCUUCCAUCAAUGGUCAUCCCUUGCCUCCAAAAUUCAAGAUGCCUUCCUUGGAUUCAUAUGAUGGAGCGCGUGACCCGUUUGAUCACAUUGCUACUUUUAAGACUACAAUGCACCUUCAAGGGGUCCCAGAUGAAAUUAUGUGUAAAGCAUUCCCUACCACCCUCAAAGGUCCAACACGAGUGUGGUUCAGUAAAAUACCCCCGAAUUCGGUAAGUUCUUUCGAAGAGUUAAGCAAGUUGUUCGUUAAUAACUUCAUUGGGGGACAGAGACACAAGCAUCCUUCGUCCAGCCUAUUGACCAUAGAACAUGGGGAGAAUGAAAGCCUGCGGUCCUUUAUCACUCGUUUCAACAGGGCAGUCUUGACGGUAGAUGAGGUGGAUGAUAAGCUACUACUGGCAGUCUUUCAUAAAGGAGUUAAUUCUGAUUUAUUCAUCCACAAUCUUUAUGAGAAUGAGCCCCAAUCCAUGGCUGAACUCGUCCAUUCAGCCCAGAACUUUAUGAAUGCAGAAGACGCGAUCAUAGCCAAGAAGAGGAAGAGAGCGGUCCUUAUGCAAAUCAAGGACGAUUCUUCCUUGAAAUGGCUAGAGAAAAUGAAGGGAGAUCCCAAUAAGCACAAUAGAAACAAAUAUUGCCGCUUCCAUGGAGACCAUGGGCAUGACACGAACAAAUGUUAUGAUCUAAAACAGCAAAUUAAAAAUCUUAUAAGACAAGGAAAGUUGAGAAAUUUCCUUGGACGAGAGCAUAAGGAUGAAAAGUUGAAAGGGAAGGUAGAAAAGUCGUCGCGCCCUCCGCUUGGAGAGAUAAGAGUUAUUAUAGGAGGAAGCUCAGCUGGUCAGUCGUCCAAGUCCAGGAAGAUGUAUCUGAAAGUAGUGCAGAAUGUUCAACUCUCUGGACGAUCUCCAAGGACGACGACCACGGACGAGCAAGCAAUCACAUUCACAAACGCGGACGCUAAAAGAGUUCACCACCCCCAUGAUGAUGCCAUUGUUAUUACUUUGCUAAUUGCCGAUUAUACAACUAGAAGGGUAUUGGUGGAUAACAAAAGUUUAGCAGAUAUUUUAUAUUACCCUGCCUUUCAGCAAAUGAGGCUCGGACGAGACCAACUUCGUCAAGUAAAUUCACCCUUGGUAGGAUUCGGUGGAAUAAAGGUGCAGCUUGUAGGCACUGUCACAUUACCUAUCGUGGUGGGGGCAUACCCACAACAGGUAGCCAAGGACGUGAAUUUCUUGGUGGUAGAUUGUUCAUUUUCCUACAAUGCCAUAAUCGGAAGACCAAAUUUAAAUAGUUGGAAAGCAGUUACGUCUACUUACCACCUGUCAGUCAAAUUUCCAACGGAGCAUAGGAUAGGACAUGUUCAGCGAGAUCAGCUGGCAGUAAGAGAGUGCUACCUGGCCAUGUUGGCCAUAGACGAGCAAGUUCAGACGAUGAAUAUUGAAGAAAAGAGAAUGGUGGCUGAGCCCAUUGAAGUGUUGGAAGGUAUUUCUUUAGACGAGAAAAACCCUGAGAGGUGCACCAAGGUUGAAGCAGAUUUAGAAGAGAGGAUUAAGAAGGACCUCGUCUGUUUCUUGAGGAAAAGUAUUGAUGUAUUUGCUUGGAGUCAUGAGGACAUGCCGGGUAUAGACUCUAGUGUCAUUACCCACCGUCUAAAUGUGUAUCCUUCCUCUAAGCCUGUACGAUAG